AUGAACGCAACCAUCAAAAGUAUUUCUUCUAUCAACAUCAAGUUCUUCCACAUUCAUAUCUUUGAAUUAAGAAAUAUUACCUUUGAUUCUAUCAAGAUCAAUACUCCUGGAGAUAGCCCCAACAUUGAUGGCAUUCACAUCGCCGACUCGACCAAUAUCCAGGUUGCCAAUUCAAUCAUCGGCACCAGUGAUGACUGCAUCUCCAUCGGCUCGGGCUGCACUAAUUUGACCAUCUUUAAUGUGUUAUGCGGCCCAGGCCAUGGCAUCAGCGUCGGUAGUCUCGGCAAAAAUGUUGGUGAGAAAGAUGUAAUCGGGCUGAACGUGAGUAAUUGCAAUCUUACCGGUACAGCAAAUGGAUUGAGAUUCAAGACAUUGCAAUCUUCUCCAUCUAGGUUGAAGGCCACUGAUUUCGUCUUUGAACACAUCAUCAUGAAUAAUGUCUAUAACCCCAUCAUCAUAAAUCAGAAUUAUUGCCCAUUUGCUAACUGUCCCAAAAAGGAUCCUUCUCUAGUUAAGAUCAAGAAUAUCAAGUACAGAAAUAUCGUGGGGACCUUUCUCUCGCCAGUAGCUUAUAAUCUAGUGUGUAGUAAGGUUGCUCCAUGUGAGGGUGCGGAGCCCAGUGACAUCAGCUUGAAGUGCAACGGCAACGAAAAGCAACCCAAAAAUGCUUCUAUUUGUGUUCAUGUCUAUGGUAGCUCCAAUGGCAAUGUGAAACCUGACCCGUGCAUCUGA